AUGGAUGAUGACCUUAGUGAUUCCUCAUGUGAUGCUUCAGUUUCACCGUCGCCUGAGAUGUAUGUUCCCGCAGCAUUUCAAGCCACAGAAGGUAAAGGUGCAGGUAAGGAAGUCAAACCAGCUACGAUGGUUUUGACAGAAGGUACACCAGAUCGAGAGUUCGGUGGUGGAUGGAAGUCUGAGCACCACCAGCUCCACUUCGUGACGAUGGGGCUUGACUUCGAGAAUGGUAAGGCUGUCCAAGAAAGGCCUGCGGGGCAGCCAAAGUUGCCAACGCAGCACAAAUGGUUUGCCAAUGUGAUGCUCAAGAAAUACGGAUCUCUUGAGAGGGUUCCAACGCUUGGAUUCAUAAAUAAAACAAAGGAAGAUCGAGAGGAUGAACAUUCCUUGAUUGGUGCACUUGAGUGGCAUGCCAAUGCCAAUCAAAAGAAGUGCAACCGUCCACUUUGGGACCAUGCGCUCGAAGGUGGAGCCAACUACAUCAUAAUUGACUGUAGGAGGCUCAAUGCCAUCAACAAAGUGACCAAGGUUCCGACGCAUCCCGGAGACGGGAAUAUCGGAGUGAAGGAACUCAGAGACAACCUCGAGGCAGUUGAGAAAGAGGUGAAGGUCUCUUCCGCAGCUGGUACGAGAACUUCUGCGAGACGAGGUCUUGGCAUUGAGCUGCAUACGGUUGACAUCCUACACGCCGUCUUGCAGAAAGCCGAUCUGGGAAAGCCGUUCAGAAUGCACAAAUGGCACCUAGGUCGAGUCGAUCACAAGGAUAAGAAAUGCUUUGACGGUGGGUGCACGGAGUGCAAUGUGGAUCACAAAGGCAAUGUAUACAAGAUUGUGAAGUCACAAUUCUCAAAAUGGAUCCAAGAAGAGAUUGACAGGUACGCGAAGGAAAAGAAAGAAGAAACGGAGGCCAAGAAGCAAUGGCUCAAGGAAGAUGUUGAGAGAUUGGUGAAGUCAGGAGAACGCAAGAAGAAGUCAGAGGUGACUGAAAGAGGCCGUGAGCGAGACCGAGACCGUGAACGUGGUCGUCGGCGAAGGCGGUCUCAAGGGCCAGAGAGGGCCACAGCAUCCUUUGCAAGGCCCGACAAGAGGAUCAAUGCUGCAGAGAGUGCAGUUGCGCGAAGCCUUGGAAGAAACGAAAGGCUCCGAGUGUGCAAGUCUCUCCAAGAGAGUGGUCUGAAUGAAGCUGGGAUUAACAUCCUGCUGUCAUCGGAGUAUGCCACGUUUGGAGAAACGCCUGGAGACCGUGUUGCAACACUGGUGCAAUCUCUUGGACUGGAGCCAACAGCCAUCAGAGACUUGGUUGGCGUUCCAAAGACAUCUCUCACAGCUGUCAAGGAAGAGCCGAAGGAGGAAGAAAAGGAAGAAGGCAAAGGCGAUGAAAAGAAGGGUGAGAAGGAAGAUGAACCAAUGAAAGAAGCGCCAGAUCCAUUCAGUGUUUUUGGCAAAGCUCCUGAUACUAAGGAUGCGCCAAAAGCUGAUGAAGAAGAGCCAGACUAUACCAACGAUGACGAAGACGAGUCAUCGGAUGAACCGACUACCAGACAAGCCUUCAAUGAGCUGGCAUUGAUGAGGAAAGUGAAGGUGAAUCUUCGUCUUCUGACCAUGGCAAGCGCUACCGUAAGAAGAGGAUCCAAGAGCAAGUCCAAGGGCAAGACUUCGCAGUGGGGUGGAACUCCGACACGCUGGACGGAUUCCAAGACUACCACUGUGGAGAAGGAGGAACAAAGUCCAGUUCCUGACCGUGAACUUCAGCGGAAACUCUGUGAGUGUGAGGAUGGCGUGCAAGAGUCGCCCGAGAAGCACACAAAUCACCCGAUGUCGCACAUGCUGGGGUGGAAGAAGUAUACCUUCGAGAAGAAGGACGAAAGCAGUGAGUGGGAGCUCACGCAAUCCAAUGCUGAGGCCAAUGAGGAUGAUGAGUAUGAAGACGAUGCAAAGCCUCAGAACAUCGUUGUGUUUCUUAUUCCUGAGUGGGUUGCGCUGGAGAAACUUCCAGAGACUGCGUUUUUCACCGCUGGCAUUAUGGGUGCACAGACAUCCAGCUGGUUCCAAGAGGGAGCCGAGAAGAUGAUCGUCGCAGAUCGCCUCGCGUAUGGUGCUGCAUGUGAUGACUGGACGGACAUUGAUGACUGUAGGAUAGGAAAGCAUCAGAAUCAUGCUGCAUUGGUGUUUGUAGGUAAUUUUCAGUCAAGUGUGAAUCACAUCAACCCUGAAGGACACGACGUUUGGCACAUGAAGGAGCUGGCAGGCAAUGUAUUUCGGCACAUGGACAGCAAGUACUACACACAUGUGACUGCAGUGAUUUGCAGAGACUAUGAUCCAGAAGUGUUGAAGGAAUUGGCAUGUUCAUGGAAUGCCAAAGGAUCACAUGUUACGUAUGUGAUGCCUCAAUUCAACUGCGCAGCAGAUACGAUGUUGCAGUCAGAUGAGCCACACCAUCUCGGCACGGGAGAUGUGAAGGUGGUUGGAUCUGAUACGAAGAUCAUAGCAUGGAUCAAGGAGAAGGACAAGCGCAAAGCUCCAGUGACUUGGGAAGAUACUGUGGAAGAUCCCAGGUUCAUGAAUGCAUUGAAGGAAAGGAUGAGAGACAGUGCAUUUGUGUGUGCAUUUCCAGCUGAGGAAGAUGAAGCCAGAUUGGAUGAAUUGGGUCCACUGGACGAAGUGGAUGAGAUCCAAGAUGGCCAAGAAGUCCAGGAACACAGUGGACAGCAACCAAGGCAAGAGAUGACUGCAGACGAGCUAGAAGAGGCAUACGACCUCGAGAAGCAGAUGUUGGAAGAACUUCCACUUCCCAACAUGCCAAAGUCAGAAGCUGAGAGACGGGAGCAAUCCCUCGGAAAACGCGAAUAG